AUGAUCGGGCAGAAGAGAGCCUCAAAAGAAGACCUGAGUAUAUGCGGUUGUUCAAGAACCUUUAGAAGAAGGGAAGAGAGUGACACAAGUGAAAAAACACAUUACGAAGUCGUGCAAAAUAAGGUAACAACAAUAACCAAAACUAACUUCUUCAAAAGAUUGAUAUGGUCUAUUCUUAUGAUCUCGGGUUUCUUUUGGAUUUGUGUAAACAAUAAGAUAUACUCUUUCAUCUUGAUCAUCUUUUUAACAAUAUCUAUCAUAAGAGAAAUGAUUGGAAUCACAAAAAAAUCUGAAGGAAGGCCUUUUCAUCUUCGAGUAUCAAUCCUUUUCGGGUUUUCUGUGCCGAUAUAUCUUUACUUGGUCUUUCCUUCGAUAAUGGGUGUCUAUUUUCCUGGACUUCCGAAGUACUUUUUUCGGAGAUUAUCUUUCAUAUGCUUUUACAGCUAUGUAGUUGUAUUUAUGUCUUUUGUUGCUUCACUUAGAAAGGGAAAGCUAAAGUCACAGCUGGGACUGUUUGCCUUGGUCCACCUAUCUACGUAUAUAAUGGCGAUAGUAGCAAAAUGUGCAAUCUUCAACCUUAAUAAGGGGAGGUUCUGGUUUAUGUUUCCUGCUCUGCUUGUUAUAUCAAAUGACAUCUCGGCAUACGUUGUAGGGAAGAGCAUUGGGAAGAGGCCUCUUUACCGCCUUAGUCCAAAGAAGACACUUGAGGGAUUCAUAGGGGCCUUUGUUUUUACGGCAAUUGUAGGAUUUGUACUGGGAUAUCUUCAUGUGAACAGUGGAUUUUUGAGGGAUGGGGACUCUGAACAAUUCCAGAAGCUUAUAAAGUUCAAAGCCCUUGGAAUGAGUCUGAAAAUACAAAGUAUAUAUAUACAUAUCAUUCCAUUUGUUCUCGUAACGUCAUUUGUGGCACCGUUCACAGGGUUUCUUGCAAGUGCACUAAAGAGAGCCUAUAAGAAGAAGGACUUUGGAGAGACGAUUUCUGGACAUGGAGGAAUAGCAGACAGAAUGGAUUGCCAGAUAUUAGUUGGGAUUUUUACAUCCACAUAUAUAAACUCGUUCAUCUACACAGAAGAUAAGUCAAUAGGAUCAGUAUUCGGUUUUAUAUGUAGAAACUUCAGUUCCGAAGAAAUAAUGAUUCUCAUCGAGAUGCUGAACCGAAGAAUAGAAGGCAUAAGAGGCAGGGAGCAUUAG